AUGGCUGGCCCAGGUGGUGGUCCUCCUCGUAGGAGUCACACCAAGUCUCGUAAAGGUUGCGAGACCUGUAAGAGACGUCACAUUCGUUGUGAUGAGAACUUUCCUCAAUGUCGAAACUGCACCAAGCAUAAUUGUCGAUGCCCUUAUAUGGACAUGCCCGCCCAAGAAGAGCGUGCUGCUACACCAGAAAAAGCUGAUCUCUUGUGGACUCCUGAGAUUGAAGCCGACAUCGAGAACUGGCAACGUACUGGAAACUUCCCAUUCCCCGACCUUUACAUCUACCCGGCACCGUCCCCCCAGUUCUUCUCGUUCGAGGAUCUUCGCUUGAUCCACCAUGUUGCAUCUGUCUCCAGCGAGCUUGGGAUUCAUGACGCCAGCAAUUUCACCAUUUGGACUCGUCAGGUUCCAUUGUUUCUCAGAAUCGGAUCAGAUUAUGCGUUCGUCAUGCAUGCUCUCCUCGCUCUGUCAGCUACUCAUUUAGCUUGGCUUACGAAUUGCCCCCUGGCUGCCAACAUGGCUUAUGAACACCGAGGUAUCGCCUUGAAGGGCUUGCACGAAGCAAUUGGUGCCUUCUCUCGACAAAACUCCGAUGCUGUCUUAGCUGCUUCAUUGCUCUUGUCCUGGCAAGCAACAGAAUGGCGAGGUUGGACCCAGUUGAUGCAUGGCACUUCUUCCGUCAUCGAUGCUAUGCAACCAUGGAAAAAUGAAUCUCAGUUCGGCGACUUCAUUGCUGAGCAAAGCACCUUUCCAACGGCACCACCUUCCCCAGCACCUGGUGGAAAGAAACUCAGCGCGCCGCGAAAACAGGAUCUAGAGUCGCUACAAAAGCUCUAUGCGCAACUCCAAAAGGUCGAGCAACAUCUCAAGGAGAACAACGAAGAUGUAAAAGCGAUCCAGCAACUCAUGAGUUUCGUCCGUGGCGUUCGAAAGGUGUCUCCUAGCCACACCGCUGCCCAACGAUUCGAAAUGCUCAACCCCCUUCGCGCUUGGCUGUUCUGGCUUCCGGUCAUGUUUUUGCAACAGACUCGCGGUUCUCCAUCUGCCUUGGUCAUUCUUGCACACUACUACACUGUCGCAUUGGUCGUCGAACCCCUCUUUCCCGAAGUCGGUGCAGCGUAUUUUGGAAGUCUGUCUGUUGGGCCUAUUGAAGAAAUCGCUAGGAGACUAUUUUCGAUCAACAUUUCUCAAAACUCCGAAGCUGAUAUCCAAACGCCACUCCACCUCAUGGAAUAUCCGAUCGACAUGGUUUCCAACUUUAGAGGCCGCAUGGGAUGGGUUCAGCCAGAGAGGACCGCCUCAUUCCCAACCUUCCAAGGCAGUCCAUUCGGGAUGCAAAACAAUUACGGGAGCAACCUCUCACCAUACGGCAAUCCCGCUUUUACUUACAGCCAGGAGCACAUGAUGACCAUGCCUUCCGAGACAGUUUCGGCAACUGCCAUGAGUCCUUUGAUUCUCGAUCCUUUUGCCAACAACAAUUACCUGGGCAUUCCUUCGCCCAGCGGAUUUGGUGGAUACCAUAGCCCAGCUUCUUCGGCCUUUGGAGGAGACGGGUCGAUCGUUUAUAGUGACCAAGGAGAUGAUUUUGCUCUUUAUGAAGGACAGGGCUCCGGCUCCAAUUUCGGCGGGUUUGUGCCUCAGACCCUGUGGAUCUAA